AUGCAAAUCUUCGUCAAGACCUUGACCGGCAAGACCAUCACCCUCGAGGUCGAGUCCAGCGAUACCAUCGACAAUGUAAAGUCCAAGAUUCAGGACAAGGAAGGCAUUCCUCCUGAUCAACAACGUCUCAUUUUCGCCGGCAAACAGCUCGAGGAUGGCCGCACCUUGAGUGAUUACAACAUUCAGAAAGAAUCUACCUUGCAUUUGGUCCUUCGCCUCCGUGGUGGUAUGCAAAUCUUCGUCAAGACUCUUACCGGCAAGACCAUCACUCUUGAGGUCGAGUCCAGCGAUACCAUCGACAAUGUGAAGUCCAAGAUCCAGGACAAGGAAGGUAUUCCUCCCGACCAACAACGUCUCAUUUUUGCCGGCAAGCAACUCGAAGACGGCCGCACUCUCAGUGACUACAACAUCCAAAAAGAAUCGACUCUUCACCUGGUCCUUCGUCUCCGUGGUGGUAUGCAAAUCUUUGUCAAGACCUUGACUGGCAAGACCAUCACACUGGAAGUGGAAUCAUCAGACACGAUCGACAAUGUAAAAUCGAAGAUUCAAGACAAGGAAGGAAUUCCGCCGGACCAACAACGAUUGAUCUUCGCUGGAAAACAAUUAGAAGACGGUCGAACUCUCAGCGACUAUAACAUCCAGAAGGAGUCGACUCUCCAUCUCGUCCUCCGAUUGCGAGGUGGCAUGCAGAUCUUUGUCAAGACCUUGACCGGAAAGACUAUUACGUUGGAAGUUGAAUCUUCGGACACUAUUGACAACGUCAAGUCAAAGAUCCAGGAUAAAGAGGGUAUUCCACCGGAUCAACAGCGAUUGAUCUUUGCAGGCAAGCAAUUGGAAGAUGGACGCACUCUUUCUGACUACAAUAUUCAGAAGGAGAGCACUCUGCAUUUGGUGUUGAGACUUCGUGGUGGUCAGUAA